UGCCACGUAGCUCCAACUUCCUGGUAAAAUGUGAUACAUUGCGAUGCCCGGAAUUCUUCAUAGAGCAUCUUCUUCAGAAACAUCGUUACGGCCAUAGAUAUAAAACUAUGGUUACGGCGUGACUCGAGAGAUGGCAUCCUGGACUGGGCCGUUUGCUUAAACUAAAAUGUACUUUUAGUUGACGGAGAAAAAAAAUAUGGGUUGUUCCACCCUGGCCCUAUCCAGUGUGGUGUCCACGCUUGGAGGCCUGGUUUUCGGCUAUGAGCUUGGCAUCAUCUCCGGGGCUCUCCUCCAGCUACAGGCCGAAUUCCGGCUAAACUGUUUCCAGCAGGAGGCGGUGGUCAGUGCCCUUCUGAUUGGGGCUUUGCUAGCCUCGCUGGCCGGCGGGUGGUUGAUCGACGGCUACGGCCGGAAGAACUCCAUCCUCCUCAGCAACAUCCUCAUCCUUGCCGGGAGUCUGGUUCUGGUCUGCCGCUCUUACUCAGCGCUGGUUGCGGGCAGAAUCGUGGUUGGCUUCGCCAUGUGCAUCUCUUCCAUGUCCUGCUGCAUCUUUGUGUCGGAGAUGGUCACCGCCAAGCACCGGGGUUUUUUGGUGACUCUGUACGAAGCCGGCGUCACUGUAGGCAUACUGGCAGCUUACGCCAUGAACUACAUUCUCGCCGAUGCCAGGCACGGGUGGAGAUACAUGUUUGGGCUAGCUGUCGUGCCCACUUUGGCUCAGCUCGUCUCCGUUUGGUUCCUCCCGUCCGGUGAUGGAGUGCCCGCAGCAGCCGCUGCAAGACAGGGAGGCCUUAUCCACUGCACUGAAAACCACGAGCUGGACAAUCAGCCCAGCAUCUCUAACAGACCUGACAACAGCUAUCAAAAAAAGUACAGCGUUUUGUCGCUCUUUCAGCAGGAGCAGAACAUGAGGACCAGGACGGUCAUUGGCCUGGGCCUGGUGAUCUUUCAGCAGUUCACCGGUCAGCCCAACGUGCUCUUCUACGCCUCAACCAUUUUCCGCUCGGCGGGCUUUGAGAGCGACGCCUCGGCAGUGCUGGCGUCUGUGGGCUUAGGAGCUGUGAAAGUGGUCGCCACCUUGGCCUCCAUGGUGUUCGCGGACAGGAUUGGCAGGAGGCCUCUGCUCAUUGGCGGGUGCACCGUAAUGUCGGUGUGUUUGAUCGUCAUAGGGCUUCUGAGCGGACGUUCUGCGCUCAGCACCAAGACAUCCUGUAGGGCCAUGGAUAAUGUCAAUGACACCCUGACCACUGUGAACCAAUCAAACUUUGACAUUUCUGUCAGUCAGCGGCAUGGACGUCACUACACGACCGGAGUGAAGGAUCUUCAGUACGAGGCUUUGAGGCCCACAGGGGUUUCCGCAACAUCGAGCUCUCCGACGCCCGUGGCUUCUCCAGCUGUCCACAACGGGGUGGUGAACUGGGUCAUCUUGUUCUGUAUGAUGGCAGUCGUUACUGCGUACUCCGUUGGAUUUGGACCAAUGACGUGGCUCAUUUUGAGUGAAAUAUUUCCUGCUGUGGUCAGAGGUAGGGCGUUUGCGUUCAUCAACUGCUUCAAUUGGGCUUCUAACCUCAUCGUCACCUUCUCCUUCCUGACGGUCAUUGAUGCGAUUGGUUUGUCUGGGACUUUCCUUUUGUAUGGGCUAGCAGGAGUGGGAGCUGUGGUGUUCUUCUACUACCUGUUACCAGAGACCAAAGGGAAAACACUGGAGCAAAUAGACAAGGAGCUCUGUAUGAAAAGGGUACACGACACUGAAGAAUGCUGCAACAUCAUUAGCAGGAGAAUCACCUCCUCUAGGUAUCAAAGAGUGCCCAUAGCUCAGUAAGUGUAGAGUGAGUCUGUCCGGGUAGUGUUUUCUAAUUGUGUCUGUUCAAAGAAUGCCAAAGGUUGGAUAACUUUUCACCAGAUUGUAACCAACACCGAUGCGGUAAGCUCAUCAUUAUUUACACUCUGUGGUCAGCGUGUUACAUAGACAUAUGUAGUACCAGGUCAGACCCUUGCACCUGCAGAACGCAGUGAAUUCUUCAGGGACUUGACCCUACAAGGGGUCAUGCAAUCCACACGUACGUCGGUCCAACUCGAUGGCAAAAGCGAUUGGAUGGCGGUACAUUCACGCAGCGAACUGCUCAUUCCGUGUCGCACCAACGAAGCUUUGUGGAGUUAAGGUCAGAACAUUACGCAGGCCACUUAAGUAAACCAAACCACUUGUUCACCCACUUCUGCGUGCCCACCCGAACAGCUUCCUGUCUGCAGCUGAUAAGAACGGAACCCAGCCUGUCUUCCAGUUCAAGAGGCCGGCGCUGUCCUCCUCAUCCUGUCAUCACCAAGCUGUGGCUGCGGGAAGGGUGUGGCUGGAUAUGGUCACAUCCUUCCCGGCAAACCCGGCGAGUCCACGGUCACAUCCCCAUCAAACUAUCUUAGGUCAGUCGUUUUGUCCGAACAUUAAACGAUGUUCGGACUGUCUUCCGGCUUCACACAGCAAGCCACAACCAUGCGACUCGGUCCGUAGGGACCAUGUGGACGUGGAGGGGUACCAAACAAACUGGCCACGGAGUAUAAAUAACCGCCGCCUAAAUGUAUUUUAAACAUGACAAAUGUUCGCCAUACAAGUACCUCAGGAGAAUACUGUAAGGAAAGUCUCUUUUGUAGAACCUCACAAUCACGACGGCCAUGUGAA